AUGAGUGUUGUUACUACAUUUGGAGCUCUCAUUUUAUCGGCUGGAAUUUUAUUGCUUAUGGCAGCGGUAAGUGGACAGAAACAAGUUAAAGAGUUCAUUAAUCAACAUAAAAUCCAAGAAAAUAAUAACACAACGUUUGUGAUAGACCAAAAUGGACGUUUACCUGUAGAAUUUGUGUUGUUUACAAGGAAUAACACAUCACCGAUUAAAAUAUAUUUAAACACAACGUUAAACGAAACUGGUUUCGAUUUAUCUGUACCAACAAAAAUUAUAAUUCAUGGAUUUUGGAGUAGCAUUAAUGAAGAAGUUUUCACUUUGCCUAAAAAUGCAUACUUAUCGAAAGGGGAUUAUAAUAUCUUUGGUCUAGAUUGGUCUGUUCUAUGUAAAUCUGAGUAUUUUUCCGCCAUGAAAGGUGCGGAAACAGCUGGACAGUACCUAACCCAUUUUCUUGAAUAUCUUUUAGAAAACGGUGUUGAUAACGAAAAUAUUCACUUAAUCGGACAUAGUUUAGGGGCGCAUGUAGCUGGAAUUGGUGCUGAUAAUAUUAAAAAUGGAAAAAUUGGUAGAAUUACUGCUUUAGAUCCGGCUGGACCAGGUUUUAAUGAAAUGCCUCACAACUUAAAACUAGAUCCAGGCGAUGCCACACUAGUGGAUGUAAUUCACACCUAUAUGCGAAUUUUAAGUUUAUCUGAACCAUUGGGACACGUAGAUUUUUAUCCGAACGGAGGCAGAUUUCAACCGGGUUGUCCGAGUUUUUUUGAUAUAUGGAAAAUAUCGGAGAGUAUCACCUGUAACCAUGGAAGAGCUUACAUGUAUUUCGUUGAGUCGAUUAUGAACGAGAAAGCUUUUAAAAGUCAACGAUGUAAAUCAGUGGAGGAUGCUAUUUAUGGGAGGUGUUUUGAAGAUAGCGACGUUUAUAUGGGAGUGGAGGAUUCUUAUAGUUAUGGAGUGUAUUAUGUAAAAACAAAACUUUCACCGCCUUUUUCGUUAACGUCUUAACUAUGAU